AUUAACAUAGUAAUACGCUCAAUGUAAUUACCACUAUAAUGUAUUAAACAAAUUAACAAUGAAUCCAACUACACUAACUGUACUAGUUGCAUUAUCAUUAUUUAUGAAUACCGACGCAAUACCCAUGACGUCUGAUGCUCAGCAAUGUGUGAAUAAAAUUGGAUACAGUACAUUUAACAAAUGCAGUGAUGAGGCUGAAAAACACUGGUCGGGUGACCAGGAUUACGAUGAAUGUUGCUCGGAGUUUGAGACCAUCAAAUGCUCUAUGGAGAUACCCAAGGUAAGCAUACAGACAGACGAAUGCAGUGGUAAUGGGGGAGAGGAGCUGGAUCAAUGGUAUCUGUAUGAAAUGAUAGCCCUCGAAAACAAAAGGUGCAAGAAUUAUAAACACGAUUCAAAAGAAUGCAGCUUGGAAUUUUAA